AUGGUGCCUGUCUCUUGUUUGGCCGGGUCUGACAAGCAGAGCAGGAGCAAGACGGAUGUCAGAUCUGCUCUGAAUACCCUCUCUGUGCUGGAUGCCAUCUUUUCAGACAGUGGGUCUGAAAGUGGCUCCGUCAGCAAUGAUGAAGACGACGACGACAGCCAGCUCCCCUCUGAACACUACCUGGCCUUAGCAGAGAGCCUUAAUAUCGCUCAGCUUCGACAGAAGUGGUACAGCCCCAGAAUCCAGGAAAAACUCGAUGAGAUUGUGGUUACUGAGAGAGUGGCGCUGGGCAGGUAUUGUCGGCAUAUCAAGGUGAACGCGGAGCGGCAAUGGGAUCGGAUCUCUAAUUCAGAGGAGACGGUUCGCUUCCUGUAUGCAUUCUUUAGCUGGCGGUGUGAUAUCCGUCGUGGCAAGAACAAUCGAUACUGUCCGGGCAUUAAGCGCAAAAGCUCACUGGAGACAUUUUGGAAGUGGUGGCACCUUGUCCUCAAACAGGAAAUGGCAUCGGGACUCAGCAAAGAUACAAUUGUCAAGGUGGAGAAUAUGGCCACAGAAAAAGAGCUGGCUCUUGUUGAGCAGUCAAAGAAGAACAUGUAUAUUGAAGAUGUUGCUGAGUUCGCUCAAGUCGUUCUCAUCACCACUGAGAUGACAUUUGUCUGCAGUUGGCAGUGCAUUCAAAUGCUUCUCUUCUUGCAGCUUGCCGCCAUCACCGCCAGCCGUCUCUCGGCGAUCCUCCAUCUUCGGAACGAGUUUAAGAUUCCGGAAAUCAUCUUUGAUUCAACUCUGAUUCUCAGCCUGCAUAUCUGCCUGCUGACUCUGCUCUUUCACAUUGAAGGAUUCAAGUCAAUUUUAACAAGUGAAUCAGUGUUGAAUUGCGCAGAGAAACUCUACAGCGUCAAAAUGCUGGAUGGCAAGGGACAGCAGCUGCUACUACUAAAGGAUGAAUUACUGGAUAAGUUUGUGUUUUGCCAGACAGAGCCAACAUCCACCGGAUUUAAAAUUUGCUUGGAUCAGAGGAUGACUCCAUCCAUGGUGAGUUCCCGGAUGCGCCGAGCCGGUGAGAUCACGGGCUUUGAGGAGGUCGCCCACCCGUACAACCUCCGAUAUGUUGGAGCUAAGGCAUUUACAACAGCGAACAUCAUGCUCCAGCACACGGAUAUUCACACCUUCAUCAAGCAUUAUCAGAUGGACGUCGACGUUGAUGUGCAGGGAAUAGUCCGGAAAACAUGCUCCCAAACAGCAUUGGUGCAAUUUGCCUGCUCGAUGAGUGCAUCCAUCGACCCCAACCGACUGUAUAAGCUCUCUCCAGAAGAAUCACGGUCCCUCAAUUACCUUUCAGUUGUCCGUGGCCGUCAGGAUACUGUCCAGAAGCGCAAGCGGGAAUGGGAGGAUCAUGAAGCCGAGUUAGAACAUGUCAACAGAGUAUGCAAGACUUCUCUAGGGCACCUUGACAAUAGAGUACUCGCUGAGUCCAACCCUGAGGUGCUGGAGAGACUGGAAGUUUUCCGUGAUCAGACAGCAGAAGCAAAGUCAGAGCACAACAAGGCUACCUGUGAGUUGCACAACAAGAAGCAGCGGCAGCGGAACCGACAGAUCUGUGAGAACCUUGAGCACUAUAAGAAUGAGCAGUCUGUGAUUGAUCUUGAGCGACAACUGGCCGGGAAGCUGGUGGAUAUCAAAGUCAUGGACACUUUCGAGCACGAGGCCUUCAUGCCUCCCGAGCAUUUAAUCGGAGGAUCAACACAAUCAACGCAGGAGUUGCAUUCUGUGGCGUGGAGGAAGGGCGGUCCUCGCGCCGGCCCACGCAGACCCGUGGCCGGCCCACGGUUGAUGAUGACCCUUGUUCUCUGA